CACAUAGAAGGGGCCAAGCAUGGCUUGCAAAGAACAGAAAAUUGUCCUUAUAACAGGUUGCUCUACAGGAAUCGGUCUCGCUCUCGCAAUACAACUAGCCAAGGAUACCAAGGAGCGCUACCAUGUAAUUGCUACUAUGAGAGACCUGCAGAAGAAAGCAAAGCUGGAAGAAAUGGCAGGAGAUGCACUGAACAAAACCCUGAGCAUUAAACAGCUAGAUGUGUGCAGUGACGAAUCUGUGACCACGUGCCUUAAUAGUAUUCAGGAUGGCAGAGUCGAUGUGCUAAUCAACAAUGCUGGUAUUGGACAAAUAGGUCCCUUGGAGAGCUUGAGUGUCAGUGAAAUGAAAAAAGUCUUUGAAACCAACUUUUUUGGAGCAGUACGGAUGAUCAAAGCCAUCCUGCCAGAAAUGAAAAGAAGGAAGAGCGGCCAUAUUGUUGUGAUGAGUAGUGUCAUGGGACUAUCAGGUGUUGUAUUCAACGACGUGUACUCUGCUUCCAAAUUUGCCAUAGAAGGAUUUUGUGAAAGCCUGGCUGUUCAGCUCCUGAAGUUUAACAUCUUUGUGUCUCUAAUUGAACCAGGUCCUGUGAAUACAGAGUUUGAGGCAAAACUCAUGGAGGAAGUAUCCCGCUCAGAAUUCCCUGAGACGGAUCCAGAAACAGUUCAUUAUUUCAAAGAUGUUUACAUGCCUGCAUCACAUGAAAUCUUUGCAACAAUGGGACAAACUCCUCAAGAAGUUGCAAAGGCAGUUGUAAAAGUGCUAAAUAUGUCACAGCCAGUAUUCCGGCACCUAACCAACCCUCUCUACACACCAUUGAUAGCUCUGAAGUAUGCUGACAACACCGGGGAACUUUCUGUUAGAACAUUCUACAACCUGCUCUUCAACUAUGGCAGUCUCUUCCACAUCAGCCUCAGUCUGCUGAGAUGCAUGACUUGUAACUGUUUCCGAAGAAGGACAGUUUCACCAAGCUAAGCAAAACACAAAACAUGAACCUAGAAGUCUGCACCAAAGUCAAACAAUGCUGAAGUUGUACACAACUUUAAUAAAAUGUUUCUAAUACAAAAGCUCUUUUCAGAACCAUCUACAUAUCCUUAGCAGUGUAUUAA